AUGAACUUGCGCAUACACGGGGCGCACAACAGCCCGAUCGAUGUGGGAGAAGGGCGGGCGCCCCGCAGAGUGUACGGCCUUCCCAUUCCACAGAAAGUGCACACCAUCGAUGAACAUGGCUACGAGUCCACAAAGCACGCGCUGAGGUUCCGCGGCAAUGAUUGGGACAUCGCGCUCAACACAAGGCGUGAGGAAAUCACAUUGGCGUUUGUGCAGGAGGCUGCUGCUGCGACAGGUGAGCCAAAGACCAACAUACAGAACGCUCGCUACGCCGUGGAUGAGAAGAACCGGCUCGUUGUGCGGUUUGACGUGCGCCACAAGGCACAGACGUCAAGCUCCGUCGUGCAGGACCGCCUCGCGACGUACCCGUUCAAGGGGGUGACACAACUCUACGAGCCACGCACAAAGAAUACGCGACCGAGCGGCCUCCAGAAACAGACAUCCGGCGUGACAUCAUCCCUUGCGCUUAGCCGGCGGCUGCAUCCAACGCUGAGCUCCUUCGGGCAUGCCGCCGCUGCGGUUGGCCCCAAUGGCCCGGAAUUCCGCGACGAAAGAGAGGAGGAGGAGCCGCUCGAAGCGGAACCUGAGAAGCCGCAGAACGCACAGAUUCUUCCUAUCCUUGCUUAA